AUGGCUACCAGAUCCGCGUCGAGAGGAAGUUCGGGGAUCGCAGGCGUCAGCCAAGAAAACCAACAGCAUGUCAAUGCAGACGGCGAUGCUUCCCAGUCCGGAGAAGAGCACCACACGCAGGAUCUGCACAUCUUAAUCUUUAAAGGACAGCCGCGAGACAUCCAGAGCACAAGAGUCACCAACCUGCAGAUCAAGGCAAACGAUGCAAACCAAACGAGGAUGACUUUCCAGUUGGAUGGCUCACCAGGCAACUAUUGGGUCGACGAACAACGGGACCAGCCGUCUGCCAUGUCAAGACCCAAUUUGGUUCGGAAGCUACACAUCGCAACAGUGCAGACAACGACCCCCCUCGACAUGAAUAUACGAGAUGUCAUCAUGAGUGUGCCGAUGAGGAACGAUGAGCCGGAUUGGAACUGUCAGAACUGGGUGGGCGAUGUCAUCGACGGACUUCGAGACGCCGGCCUGAUAACCAGUGAUGAAGCGCAUGCGAGCGUCGAUGCCAUGGUUAAUAUUAUCUUUCGAGCCCCUCCCCCCCCGGCAUUGACGAGUUGA